AUGUUGAUCAGGCCAUGGGGGUGGCGAGGCGGCGGGUCUGGUGGGCCGCGUCCCAUUAACCUAUCCGAAGAAGAAGAGAAGGCGGCGAUGUAUCACCGCCAGCGGCUCAUGCGAACCGUGGGCAGCAGCAGAUGCUCCUUCCGGGCGGCGGCGUUCCUGGCGCUGUUCGCGUUCCAGGGGCUAGGCUGGUGGGCCGGCCAGGCGUACGGCGGACUCGGGGGCUCCUCCGGUGGCAAUGGAACCGAACAGAUGGGCCCGGAGCAAAGGAGUAAAGCGGAGAGCUUCGGGAAGGCGUUUGAGGACUACGUGGUCCUGGGCCAGGACCCCGUGGCCAUUGCGCUGCGGCGGCUCAGCAUCACCGCCAUUGACGCGUUUGAGACUGCCGUACAGAACCAGAUUGCAAGGGCGAUUCGAAAUAUUGAUGCGGAGCUCGAGCGCUACGAGGAAUACGUGGGACGGGUUGCGGAGGCCCUGACUGACGGCAACGUGGACAAUUUGGUGGCGGCGCUGGAGCGGGAAGUGCGGGUUCUUGUUAUCGUGCGUGCUUGCCUGGAGGACAUAGGCGCUCGAAUGGAGAGUUACGUUGCCUUCCUGACUGGCGCAGCCAGCUCCUGGCUGUCGUACUAUUACGGUUACCAGGUUCGGUUCACAGUGAUGCUCAUUGCGCUGCUAUCCAGCAAUGAUCCCCUUGGCCUGGAGUAUGUACGAGUGCUGUACAGUUUGGCGGAUAUGACCCGGCUAGUGGGUUUGGUGCUUAAACCCUUCAUUCGGCUCCAGAAGUUUGAGCAGUCCUUCUACAAUGCCCUCAACGACAUCCUCUUCACGUACGCCAACGACGAGCGUAACCGCUUCACCAUCACACCUUCCUUCUCAUUCGAGGCGUCUCUGGGCACGAGCGGCAACCUGCAAGCCGCCAUGGAUCGAGUACUAAGCCUGGCACAAGCGCUGGGAAACCGGGAGAACGCGGCCGCCCUACUUCGGUCCGCCACCACCGCCCGGGACCAGGUCAUCGCGGCCCUGAGGCGGCCCCAUGCAGACGGCAGCAGCAACGUCGGUGGGCUGUUCAUGCAGCAAUCUUGGCAAGACGAAGACAUGGAUGGCGACGGGGAGCCGCAGGGGCUUGGGGUCGCUGCCCGACUGGCGAGGAUGCAAGGCCUUGCAAGUGGCGCCGCCAAUGCCAACUUCUUCAGUGCCGCAUCGGGAUGA